AUGGCCGAAUCUUUGAUGAGUCUUCAGUUGAAAGCGAGAGACAUUAUUGUGAGUCCAAGCCACGAAGACUUAGCUAUGGUCGUAGAUCAUCUCUUCAAGCAUCAAGACUCCGAACAAUACAAAACAGCUCGUGCUCUGUACGAUUUCUUGGUCUCUUAUUUCCCCGAUUGCUUAACCCUCAAGCUUCUUCAGGUCUUCCAGUGUUCUUCCAAUGGCGUCACAAGAUUCAGAUCGAUCUAUCAACUCUCUGAAACCCUCACCGAUCUCAGAUACCGCAACUUCAAACUCUCUCUCGACGCGCUUUAUGAGAUCAAGCCCGUUGUGAUUUCUUGCUUGACAAGGAAAGAAACCAAAGAAUCUGACAUCAAGAUUCUUAGAAGAAUCGUUUGUGUUGUAGCUUACAAUGUUGUGACGUUGCAUAAUGGCAAAUGGGACGAGCUCAGUGACUGUAUCUUAACGUUAGCGAGUAGUCAUGAACCUGUCAAGGCCUUUCACGUCUUCGUAGAUUUGCCACUGGUCUACGAAGAGUUCAUCGAAAGGUUCUUGAAUACGAUUUUGCAGAAAGCUGAUAAUGUCUUUCUUGAUCUUUAUAGAGUUGGAGAUUGGAGUUUGGCUAUACAAACUCUUGUUAAAAUGUGGAUUCAGAUUUCGAAUACAAGUAUGACGAUCAAGGCUAUACGGGAGUUAAUGGUUCCUCAGCUUGCCUAUGUUGUGAAUUCAGUGUUUGAGUUGGUGAAUAAUGAAAAGGAACAUUUUUUGGUACGAGGGCUUGAAGAUUUCAAGAGGUUCUUCUCACGAGACAUGAGUCUGUAUCAUUAUAAUGAGAAUCAAUGCCAUUUCGUGGUGGCUUCCAUGAACGAGAUCGAAGGAGUAGUAGUUGGAACAAAGACCAAGGAGAUUGUGAGGAAGAUCAAAAUGUUGGUGACAGAACAACAGAGUGAUGAUGUUUGGAAUCCUAGACAAGAGUUUGACCGUGUCUGGUAUGACCAUUUGAAGAAUUUAUCUUCACUACAAGUCUUAAAGAUCUUUGCUUCCACUGAUCUUGAAGAUAGGUCCAGAGAGAUAGCUAUCAGACGGCUCAAUGUCUUACUCUCUGGUUACAGUUCAAAGAAAGUGCAAAUAAACAUUGCAGAGAUGAGACAAAUCCAAACAUUGGUCAUGUCUUGUUUACAUGAGGAAAGAAUCUCUGACAGUAUGUUCAAAGUCUUAGGUGAGGUGGUGAACCACGUUGCGUAUGAGGUGUUGAUAAACCAAGACGAGAUAUGGUAUGAGCUACGAGAUUAUAUUGCAUCUAGUAAAACAGAGUUUCAGAGAGCGGUUUAUAUCUUCCAGUGCUUAACAAUGGCGCUUGUUGAAGACGAUUUUGUGAUUUCUAUAAUAGAGAAGCUUUUCCCGAAGAUAAUCACAAGACUAGACCCACCACCAACAGAGUUGUUGGUAGAUAACAGUUGCUGGGUUUGGGCCUUUACUGGUGCCUUCUGUGCAGCAGUUCACUUGAUAGAGAUCCCAAGUUGUGCUGAAACAGUUAAGGAGAUUGCACAUAAUAUGAUAGAUUCAGUGAGAAAGCUUGUGGAAAGAGAUAUGGAAGUUGGGUUUGUGAGGAGAGCUUUCAGAGAUGUGGAAAGGAUUUUGUGUAAGCAAUUGGAAUGGUACAGUACGAGUCAAUACAAGUUACUUAAGGGUUUGCUUUGGAGACUCUAUGUAAUCAAAGGCAUGAAGUGGGAAAGUAAGAUUGUGUUGUGGAGGAUCAACGUGAUAGUGGAGAGAAGAGUGAGAGAAGUGGAGAAAGAGCUGCCAAAGAAUGAGUUUGAUUUGGCUUAA